ACGGACCCGACCACGGCGGCCUACCCGCUGGCCGCCUUCGCCAUCGGUGACUGGGGCACCACGCCCUACAAGAGCUCGUGCUGCACGCGCUCCAGCUCGUACAGCAACUACGAUGUCGUGGCCGAGGACGUCGUGGCCAGCCUCAUGAACACGCAGGCCGGCAACCAGGCCGUCAAGCCCAAGGUCAUCAUCGGCCACGGCGACAACUUCUACUGGUCGGGCAUCAACAGCCGCGCCGGCCGCGACGGCCAGUUCACGCAGACGUUCGAGGAGAAGUUCGACGGCGCCAACAUCAAGACCAUCCCGUGGGUCAACGUGCUGGGCAACCACGACUACGGUGGCGCCAGCUUCAUUUGCGAGAACAACUCGCGCUGCCCCAACACGGCCGCGCUGCUGCAGGCCGUGGACAACAAGUUCAACUACCAGGCCACCUACACGAGCCCGAACGACAACCGCUGGAACCUCAAGGACCACUUCUACGUGCACCGCAUCGAGGACCCGGCCACGGGCAUCAGCAUCGACAUCUUCAACGUCGACACGAACGACGCCGACGUCCACGGCGCCAUGCAGAUCUGCUGCCAGUGCUACAGCUACUCGAACGGCGACAGUGCCACCUGCCGCAACGUCGGCCGUGGCCACCAGUUCUGCUGCGGCGGCGACAACGCCAUGUUCGACCAGUGCAUGGCCAAGUUCAAGGCGUGGGGCGAUGACGCGCGCACCAAGAUCGCGCAGCAGGUCAAGCAGUCCACGGCCACGUGGAAGAUCGUCAACAGCCAUUACAGCACGUACAACGACUACGCCGAGCACAACAUGAAGCGGUGGUUCGACGUGCUGCGCGGCUCGGGCGUGCACGUGUGGCUCAACGGCCACACGCACGGCGAGAAGCACGACUACUCGCAGUCGCUGGGCAUCCACUUCUUCGAGAACGGCGCUGGUGGCGGUGUCCAGAAGGAGCCGGCCAGCGGCAUCCCGUCGUACGCGGCCCCGUACGUCAAGAACCUGUGGACCUACGGCAGCAACGAGUACGGCUUCAUGUCGCUCCAGGCCUCCAAGAACUGGAUCAAGAUGCAGUACCACACGACCGACAACAACUGGCAGUUCGGCGAGAACUUCCAGAGCACCAAGGUGGGCGGCGUGCAGACCAAGCACUGCUGGUACAUCCCGGCCGACGGCACGCAGGGCCGCCAGUGCUAA